GGAAAUCGUUGAUUAAGGGAAUUCGAGCGAAGGCGGGCGCGCGAUUCUUCGGAGCCGCGCGAAUUCCGUAAUUUUUAACAGUCAGUGUGGUUUUUGGAAGGUUUCCGCGCGAACGCCGAAUUAAAAGCGAAUCAUGCGGACGAUCGGUGCGAUUUUGUGCUUCCUCGUCGUUCGUUCUUUGGCCGAUAAAGAAAUGAUCCCGCUGGAAGCGCCCGACAAUCUCACGUUCGUCGCCUUCGACGACAAAGACGCCCUGGUCGAAUGGGACCCCGUCGAUCCGACGACGGUGCGCGGCACCUUCAAGGGCUACCUCGUCCGCAUUUGGAACCACGUGUGGAGCCAGGUCUACGCCGUACCGCCGGGCGUCACGCGCACCGCCGUCCAAUUCUACCCGUAUUCGAAAAAUUUCAUCACCGUCGCCGUGAGAAACGACAAAUACGUCGGACCGCGCAGCAACGCCGUCAGCUUCGACGCCCCGCAAACCGAGCCGAACAUGCCGUUCCUGUUCGAAUUCUACCAAUUGGGCGGCUCGUCGGUGUUGUUGCAAUGGAACAAACCGACGCAGCCCAACGGCGUCCUGUUGGGCUACAACGUCUACUGCAGCGAGAUGAACGGCGACGAGCCGGACGCCAAAUCCACCAUCAGGUAUUUCGUAUCGGGCGCCGACAAUUACCAGGCGAAGCUCACCGGCCUGAAGGCGGGCCUCAGGUAUUUCGUCGAAAUCGGUGCGGUCAAUUGCGCCGGAGAAAGCGAACGCAAAACGAUCGAAAUCGAGCUGGAGAACCACCAGGCCUUCGCCCCGUCGAUGCCGACGUUCAAAUACAAAAUCGACUAUAACAUCACCGAUUUGAGGCGCUCGAUCAAAGACGAAUGCCACAAACAGACGCCCAAGUACGACGCCGCCGACGUCGCCGUCGAGACGCCCGACGAGUUCUACGUGCAGGGCGAGGACGGCGCCGCCUCCACCACCACCUCCACCCCCAACGAUUGGAUACGCGUCAACACCCAAUGCCUGGUCAACGCGCUGAUCAAAUGGAUACCGGACGUGGACAACAAUCCGGGCGAGCAUUUCUACGUGAAAUACAGGAUCAGGGGCGAUAAGGAGUUCCUCAAGGCGGGGCCCGAACUCGAAGAGGACUAUUUGCUCUUAGAGAACUUCAACGGGUGCGUCAACUACGAGAUCGUUUUGGUGGCCGUCGACGGGGAGUUCGAGACCGAAAGCGAGAUGCAGGAAACGCCGGCCGUUAUGUUUAUGUAAAUUUGGUGUGUUUGUUUUUUUUGUUUUUUUUUUGUUUUGUCGCGAUAAGGAAUAAAAUUUCGUACGAAUAUAAUUGACCGUUGUUUGCUUGAUGUAAAUACCCCUUGAUCACAAUCAGACCAGAACAGAAC